AUGCAUCGUGGAGGCUACCACCAAGCAGCGCAGUCUGCCGCCCCGGACGACCAGACUGAGGCCAACUCGGCCACCAGACCCAGCUCCAACUCGACUGUCAAGAACUCUGGGAACGUGGAUACAAAUGAUUCCGCGUUUAUUGAUGUAUUGUUAGACAUGUAUUUGGAAUACAUCGAUAACAAGACACCGCCCAAGGGCCCACCUAGCUCGGAGCUGCCGGAUAAGCAGUCCUUCGGGACAACCAACACACUGGUGCAGCUCGGCCACCGCUCGUCCACCGCUGUCUCAUGCCAAGUGCCGUGUUCGACCAUUCACCAGCGAACGUCUCACUCGGCCGAUCUCACAUCAAUGCCGGGAACGCACACGCAAAUGAGGACAUACAGUGCGCCUGACACUUAUGGACGUCCUCAUAACAAUGAUUCGGAGUCGGAGGAGAGCUCACUCUUCCAUUUGAAAAAAAUAGUGGAAAGCAUAAAGGUGCCAAAUAGCAUGACUGGCAAAUCUAGCAUUGCCAACCAGCAGUUGCAGGCAAAGCAGCUGCAGCUGCAGUGGGCACAGAAGCCAAAGCCGCAGUGGGCACAGCAGCUACAGCAGCUACAGCAGCAUUGGGCACGGCAGCCACAGACGCUGCAGCCACAGACGCUGCAGCCACAGCAGCAGUGGGCACAGCAGCCACAGACGCUGCAGCCACAGACGCUGCAUCCACAGACGCUGCAGCCACAGACGCUGCAGCCACAGACGCUGCAGCCACAGACGCUGCAGCCACAGACGCUGCAGCCACAGCAGCAGUGGGCACAGCAGCCACAGCAUCCACAGCUGCAGCAUCGAAUGCUGCUUUCCUCUAGUUACCAGCAGCAGCAGCAGCAGCAACAGCUGCUACAUCAAGAGCCGCCACCCCCUAGGCACCAGGACCGGCAAUACGCUCAGCCACAGCCGACGCCGAACUACUGCUACACCCCCUUGCAGAAGCCAAAGCCUGCUCCUGGUCAUAGGCUGCGAACGGGUCUUUUUCUGCCGGCCGGCAACCCGCCAUCGUACCCUGGCGAGGCUCAACAGUGCAAUUACCCUCAAGACCAUGGCCCGCAGCAGCAGUCACGAAAACGGAAGCUGCAAACUCAACCAAAUGAGCAGCUUAAAAACCAGAAGCUUUCAAAAGAGCAGGACCAACCGCAACAAUUGCAGCUGCAGCAGCAUAAAAAACCACCUCCCCCUAGUUACCAGCAGCACCAGCAGUUGUACCAUGUCCAGCCGACGAUGGACCACCCCAUCCGACACCAUGAAGCCCUCCCCCAGCAACAGCGCCAUUUUCCCCGGACUGUUCAGCAGGAGAUCUGGCCCCAGGGUUGGUUCUCCAUUAAGAAGGACCAGUUCAACGCAAAUCAGCAGCAGCCGACGCCACCGAGCAGCUAG